CCUUGCCUUCUAAUUUCUCCCUCUCCAGCCCCAGAACAAUGUCGAUGAGCCCUAAGCAUACGACUCCUUUUUCUGUUUCCGAUAUCUUGAGUCCCCUUGAGGAGAGCUAUAAGAAAGUAAGUAUGGAGAAUAACAACUUGGGGGCACCUCUCACUUCUUACCGGCAGCCGCAAGUCUCACAGGCGGCGAUGCAGCAGCACCACAUGGGCCAUAAUGGGACUGUGUCUGCGGCUUACCACAUGACUGCGGCAGGUGUUUCUCAGCUGUCACACACGGCCAUGGGGGGCUACUGUAACGGCAACCUGGGCAACAUGGGCGACCUGCCGUCUUACCAAGACGGCAUGAGGGGCAGCGCCACGGCAACCGGCUGGUACGGAGCCAACCCAGAUCCGCGUUUUUCCACCAUUUCCCGCUUCAUGGGCUCAUCAUCCGGGAUGAACAUGGGCAGCAUGGGCAGUCUCAGUUCCCUGGCAGACGUGGGUAAAGGCAUGGGCUCUCUGUCAACCACACCGAGGAGAAAGAGGCGAGUGCUGUUCUCCCAGGCGCAGGUGUACGAGCUGGAGCGACGCUUCAAGCAGCAGAAAUACCUGUCGGCGCCGGAGAGGGAACACCUGGCAAGUAUGAUCCACCUCACCCCGACCCAGGUGAAAAUCUGGUUCCAGAAUCACCGGUAUAAAAUGAAGAGGCAGGCAAAAGACAAAGCCUCCCAGCAGCAGAUGCAGCAGGAGAGCGGCUCCUGCCAACAACAGCAGCAGCAGUCACCUCGGAGAGUAGCUGUGCCGGUGCUGGUAAAGGAUGGGAAGCCGUGCCAAGGCAGCGGCCACACGCCCACAUCCUCCGCUCAGACGCACCACCAGCAAGGGGGCAAUGUCAUGAUUAUGUCUAACAACACGUCCGGCCUCGGCCAGCAUCAGAGCCAGCAGGUGGGAAGCACAGGUCACUCUCCAGACUUGGCGCAGCACUCCUCCAGUCCGCCCUCACUUCAGAGCCAAGUGGCCGGCCUCUCCCACCUCAACUCCCCCGCCGCAGAGUACGGCUCGGCCUUGCAGUGUUCAGCCCUGUUAUACGGCAGGACAUGGUGACAAGAGGCGCCGGCUAUGAUUUAAAUCUAAUUUUAAAAAAGAAAAGACAUUUUUAUGUUAAUGCUCGGCAAGUUUCACUGUAAAUGUGCGCACUUGAACAAGAACCGAGUGAAACCGACGCAGCUCUUCUUGAAUUUUUUCUCCUCCCCAUUUCGAAAGGAAGUGUGACUCUUGUGGAAGAAUCACUUGUUCACAAACUGCGGAUGUAAAAGUCUUGGGAUUUAUUUAUGUAAAUUAUAUUGACACAAAGGAAGAAUCAGCAGUCAAAUAGGCCCCAUAGUUGGGAUAACUA